UACAUACGGGUUUGUUUAUUGAACCCCUUGUCAGUAGUAUUAUGGCAGAUUCUCGUUCAUGUUUUGCUCGUUUUUACAACUGGUGGGUACUGGCCUGUGUGUGUCUCGGCUCUAUGGCUAUGGGUCUUCCUUUCUUCAGUUACGGAGCUCUCCUACCAUAUUUAUCUUCUCUGUUUUACGCCACCACGGGUAAAGUCACCAGCCAGGCUGCCAUGGCUCUUCAACCAGUUAUUCUCCUCAUGGGAAUCACGCUGACAGGUUCUUUGUCCGGUAUCCUGGAGUACUACAUGAACGUGCGUCUUCUCAACUUCCUGCUGUCAGCUGGUUUUGUGCUUAUAGUCGGCUGCUCUUACUUUGUGAGCAACUUUACUGUACUCACGAUAGUGGCAGUUCUCACAGGAAUAUUAGGAGGACAGAUCAAUGUUUGCAACGUUGCAAGGCUAUCAGAAUGGAAUCCGAGGAAGAGUGGAGCUGCAAAUGGUAUUAUGGGUUUCUUCAUGGGAAUGUCGGGGCUCCUUGGUUCUGUUAUGUGUUCUGCUGUGAUAAACCCCUUUAACAAAGAGCCUGAACCAGUGAACACUACCUCGGGAGUGGACAUGCUCUUUCUAGAUGACGAAGUUGUGGGUAACGUCAAGUACAUAUGGCUGGCCUGGGCUGGUACUAUCUUGUGCUUGUUUCUUCCCGGAGUGUUUAUUCUGCGUCCUCCCACCCCCGAGGAGGUAUGCACUCAGGAUGAUAUUCUAUCUGGUGACAGUUUUGAAAGUGUCGAACUGCUGCCCAGAACAAAACCAGUAGGAUACGAUUACGGAAUAAAAGAAAUGCUCAGAACUCCCAAAUUUUACAUUCUUUACCUCAUCAUCCUCAUCCUUUCUUUGACCUUGCUAACAUCGACGGAGCUGUACAAGUUUAUUGGAAUAGAAGCAAUAAACGACGACAAGUUUCUUAACCUUGUAGGAGCAUUAGGAGCUGUAUCAAACGCCUUUGGACGAGUAACUUGGGGUUUGAUUCUUGACAGAUUCGGAACUCGUGCUACAUACACCGUUGCUUUCUGCAUUCAGGGUCCUCUGACGAUAGCCCUUCACUACUCCAAGUGGAAUAAGUGGGGAUAUCUAGCUAACAUUUGUAUAGUCUGCUUCUGCACGGGCAUAUUUACUUGCAUUGCUCCAGCUUGUCAGGAGUUGUUUGGUUCCAGAGAAUUAUCCUUGAAGUACGCUCUAACGCUGAGUGCAGAAAGUAUCGGCUGUAUUCUGUUUUUCUUCUUACAGCUUGGUCAGGAGUAUUUUUACGGGGAAGCAGCGUUCCUGACGAUGAUGGGUGCUCCAUCAAUCCUAGCUGCUAUUUUAGCUUUCUUCUGCUUCAGAUAGUUAUCCUAGCUGCCAUUUUAGCUUUCUUCUGCUUCAGAUAGUGAUACUUAGUUAAUGCUAUUUUAGCUUUCUAUUUUUGCUUCAGAUCCAGUUCUAGUUAUUAUAGUAACCAGUUACUAGUUACUAUAGUAACCAGUUACUAUAGUAAAUAGUAACUGGUUACUUAGUAACCAGUUCUAGUGAUCCUUAGUUAAAUCUAGGCUGUACAAACUGACAUUUUAAUUUAUUAUAUUUACGAUUUUUGUACGAUGAACUUUCUAUUUUGAUGACGGUUGCUUAUUUCACGAAUUCUUUCUGAUUAUUGUCUAAUGUAUAGGUUUUGUGUUACUAGUACUACUGAGUUACUUUUGCGUUACUACUGAGUUACUUUUGUGUUACUACUGAUUUCUUUUGAGCCGUUUCUAUGAACGGCAGUUUCGAUCCAAAUCGCCGUUGAGUGCAGUUUAUUACCUUUUACAUUAUGUGAAGUGUGAAUAUAAAUCCUGUUCUAGAUCCCCAACGUCUUUUAAACAUUCUAUUUUCUUAUUUAAAAAUUGUCUCAUUGUUUAUUGUAUCCCAUGGCCAUGAAAAUCUGAAAAAUAAUUUUACUUAAUUACUACUUAUUUAUAAAAAAGUAUGUCACUAAUUGAGUUGCUCGGUCUAAAGAUUUAAAUGCUGUAGAAAAGGCCUUUUCUUCAUU